AUCAAAGGCGGAAGUAACAAAAGAGCGGCGACGAAAGGCGCACAGUGUAGUUCGCCUCCCUUCGCACGCUUUCAGAGUUGUCCCCUCUUUGUCCCCUCCGACAUGGACGCGACCGUACUGUUUGCUCUCACUCUCAGCCUGAUGGCAGCUUUUGUUUUCACUCCAGCCACCGGAAGUCAGCUGAGCUGGAGGAGAGUCAACAAAGUAAAGCUGCUGGGCUUCGACUGGAAGAACUGCGGGAAGCCGGAUGCCGCAGCCGUGAUGAAGACGCUCAGCUUGUCACCUGAUCCCAUAACCAUCCCAGGUCGUCUGACAGCGUCCGCCUCGGGGUCGACGUCUGUGGACCUCGGUGCUCCUCUCAGCGUCAACGUGACAAUGGAGAGGGAGGUAGGAGGAUUUUGGGUGAAGGUUCCGUGUUUGGAGGAGGUGGGAAGCUGUCAUUAUCCAGACGCCUGUGAUGUUUUGAACCAGCUGAUCCCGCCCGGACACGACUGUCCAGAACCUCUGCACACGUACGGACUGCCCUGCCGAUGCCCCUUCCAGUCUGGCUCGUACUCGCUGCCCCAGUCGGACUUCUUCCUGCCCUACAUGGACCUCCCUUCCUGGCUCACCAAUGGGGACUACCGCGUUCAGGGGGUUCUGGGCAGCGGAGGCAACGAGCUGGGCUGCCUCAAGGUGGCGCUGUCUAUCAGCUCGGACUGAAUCGGGCCGGGCUCUGUCGGACAGAUCCCAGUUCUUCUAAGACAAAGCUGGGGGAGAUCAUUGACGUCAUCACAGCCACAAAACCUCACUUGCACCAUUUGACUUUUUACUAAUAAUAACUUUGUCAUUCUUCUUUCAGCAUCAAAAAUGACAUUUGUUCAUUCAUGAUGAAUUUGAUAUUUAGUUGCACAUUUCAACCUAGAAAGUUUGUGGAAGCAAAAUGUUGAUUUCAUGUCUGAUUAAAUAUUAAAACGUU